CCUAGCCACUCGUACAGUAAAGGAGUAACUGCAAGCAUGAUAUCUUUGAAAGUUGUGGUCGCGUGCUCCCUUCUCGCCUGCGUUCUCGCUGGUGGGCUUGGCGGUGGCUAUGGCGGCGGAGGCGGCGGAGGCUAUGGUGGAGGAUUUGGUGGUGGUCUAGGUCACGGCGGCUUCGGUGGCGGUCUGGGUCACGGCGGUUUUGGCGGUGGCCUCGGUGGCGUUCAAGCCUAUUCUGCAGGACCUGCAUUCCUUGUGAAGUCGCUUCACGGUGAUGGCGGCGGCUACGGCCAUGGUGGUGCUGGAUUAGGCGGCCUAAAGGGUGGCUUUGGAGGCGGCCUCGGAGGCGGCCUUGGAGGUGGCUACGGAGGUGGCUACGGUGGUGGCUACGGAGGCGGCUACGGAGGCGGCUACGGAGGCGGCAUUGGAGGUGGUCACGGAGGUGGUCUGGGAAAGGUCGUUGUUGUCAAGAGCAGUGGCGGGCACGGAGGAUUUGGUGGACUCGGUGGUGGCUACGGAGGUGGCUACGGAGGUGGAUUUGGCGGCGGCUACGGCGGCGGCCACGGCGGCGGCCACGGCGGUCUCGCUCUUGGAGGUUUCAAGGGAGGACUCGGAGGCGGUCUUGGAGGUGGCCUUGGUGGCGGUCACGGUGGAUUCGGAGGUGGCUUUGGAGGUGGUCACGGAGGUGGUCUCGGGAAGGUGGUUGUUGUCAAGAGCAGUGGCGGGCACGGAGGAUUUGGUGGACUCGGUGGUGGCUACGGAGGUGGACUUGGCGGCGGCUACGGCGGCAGCCACGGUGGUGGAUGGGUGUAGUGUCAGAUAGCUACGAAAUAGUCAUCUAUCACAUGGCACCGAAGACCAUGGCAACAGAUCGUGCCUCGAGCUGCCAGUGCCAACCUUGCUGCAAGGAGCCUUUGAAAAGCAGCCGUCUUCCUGUGAUAACACAACUCAUUGUUGCACUUGUACAUAGCUGAUUAUUUUUUUCCCUGAACGCACGUAAUAAAGCGGCU